AAGGAAUUCUAUAGUCCAAGUGAAAACGUGCAGCAUGUUCGUCAAGCUAAUUCUGAUCGUUUCGAUGUUCAGCUUUGUCUGUGUACAAAGCAUCGAGAACAAAGCUCAGCAGUUAUCGUUACUCGCUGAAACUAAUCCUGAUACCAGCCUGGACACUGAUGCGGCCGUAAUUAUCUCAUCUAUUUCUCACGAAGAACGAGGGCACGCUCUUCGAGUAUCUACAACAAACAAGAGCCCGGUUAUAACAACGGGCGAUGAAUAUGUAAUGAUACAUUCGAAAUUGACAAAUCCCAAGAAAAGGGCGACAGAUUAUAAGGAACAUCGUGAAACCGAUUUACGACCUGGAUGUUGCGGUUAAACCAUCAAACGAACUAUUCAACAACAAAUUCUGCCUUUAAAAAGUAUUUGCGUAUUCGAAAUGGUAAAUAACAAUAUCUGCAUAUUAUGAAUAUGUUUUAUCUCUUUAGUUUCUUCACGA